GGGAGCCGCGCGUGCGCAGAAGGAAAGCGGAAUCUACACCUUCCCGGGCCGCGGUAGCAACUGCAGAAGUGCAGGAGACAAUCUUCCUGGACCAGGCUGAGGCGGACGGAGUGCUCGCGGGGGUCGGCCCGGCGGAGCCCGCAGAGUGGCGACGGCACUGCGCGUGGACCAGCGUGCUCUUGGAAGACUAUUGCCCAGACGAAAAGAUGUUUGGUUUUCACAAGCCAAAGAUGUACCGAAGUAUAGAGGGCUGUUGUAUUUGCAGAGCCAAGUCCUCCAGUUCUCGUUUCACUGACAGCAAGCGUUAUGAAAAGGACUUCCAGAGCUGUUUUGGGUUGCACGAGACUCGCUCAGGAGACAUCUGCAAUGCCUGUGUGCUGCUUGUGAAAAGAUGGAAGAAGUUGCCAGCAGGGUCAAAAAAAAACUGGAAUCAUGUGGUAGAUGCAAGGGCAGGACCCAGCCUAAAGACAACACUGAAACCAAAGAAAGUGAAAAGUUUAUCUGGAAACAGGAUCAAAAGUAACCCGAUCAGUAGACUGCAGAAGGAAUUUAAACGUCACAAUUCUGAUGCCCACAGUACCACCUCCAGUGCCUCGCCAGCCCAGUCUCCAUGUUACAGUAAUCAGUCAGACGAUGGCUCAGACACAGAGAUGGCUUCCAGCUCUAACAGAACACCAGUUUUUUCCUUUUUAGACCUUACAUACUGGAAGAGGCAGAAAAUAUGUUGUGGGAUCAUCUACAAGGGCCGAUUUGGGGAAGUCCUCAUCGACACUCACCUGUUCAAGCCCUGCUGCAGCAAUAAGAAAGCGGUGGCUGAGAAGCCGGAGGCAGGGCCGGCGCCUCUGCCCCUCUCCACUCAGGAGUGGAGACUGAGGUCCUGCAGGAACGGAAAGCAACUUAAAUUUUUGAAAGGACCACAAAGCAACAAACUGACCCUUCUAUUUUUCACUUGGAUAUCUGCUAUUCUGCCAAAAGACAUUUUCUAGAAUAAAUUUGAAUGGGUUGUGCCCCUUCCCCAGUCCCACAAACUCUGAAGCCAGUGUCUAACUUACUGCAAUGAAAAAGAAGUGUACAUGAUAUUUAAGAUGCUGACUAUUUCAUAGGAAAGCCGAAUGCUGCUGUAAAGUGCUCUUUAAGUCUUUUUACCAGUCCCCUUCUAGUGAAUGGACUUAGGGGACUUCAGGGGACAAAGGUGUGGGAUUUGUUGUGUAUGAUAACCGCAUGUAGUUUAGUCCUCCUGUUUGGAGAGGCAGUGGUUGGGGAUGGCUGGCUACACUUUUUCCUCAUGUGGAUCAUUUGUCCUAACAGUAGCAUGACCUGCCCCUAGAGGUAGUUAAUAGUUUUAAAGUACUAAGGUCUUGCCAAGGUUCUGAUUAUUCAAUCCUGUACUACUGAUUAUUAAGCGGGACAGAAUGAGCUUUUCUGGUACAAAGAACUUGAAGGGGAAUGUAAUUUCUAAAGACACAGGUAGCUUAACUGCAUGCAUCCUGAGUCACCCCGCUUCAUCUUCACAUUGAUAAAAGACCUUAUGUGAACCAGAGCUCCUUCUGAGGAGGAGGUGAGCCUGUACGAUGAACAAGAUAGGCAGAUAGUACCAAAGCGUCACCACACAUAGAGAACAUGCUCGGUUAGAAAUGCUAAACUAGCAAAAUGGACUGACUUCUUAAUUCGGGUUGGCAGAGGAACACAGGUGCGUGGUUCUCGGGACAGCUUCUUAGAGGGCUUGCAGUGUGUAAAUAGUUGGCGGUGGUGUUACAGAACUAUCUGGGGACGUCAUUGAAAGCCGCACAAUUCAGUUUUAGCUCUGGAUUACCUCAGUUGACCUUUGUGGAGGUUUUAUCUAUAGAGUAGUUAGUUGACUUAUUAAGCUGUUUGACCUAUUAUGGUUUUGGGUUUUUUUUUUUCCUCAUCUAUUUAAGGUGGAUUAGAAGAAAGAGGUGGUCACUUGCGUUAUGUUUGGCUUCUUUGAGUUGGGCUUUCUGAGCACUGAGAUGCUGAAUGUGGACGUCUUGCAUGUCUAAAUCCUCACCUGACACUGCUCAGUCAAACCCAACCCACAGUUCUCUGAUCACCUCUUUUCUUAAAAGUUCAGGAAGUACAAUAGCGCCUCUUCAGACUUGUCAUGACGAGGGAGGAGCAUGUGCCUGCCUUAAGAAACCAAGACUCAUGCUCACUUUGAAAACUGGAUUUGUAAAGUUGAAAUUGUGUAAGGAGUGAGCCACUUUCUAUGGGCAUCCUAUUGUUUUCUAGUUCUUAGUCUAAACAUUUAUAUUUCUUCUAAGAAACAGCCUACCUAGUUGAAGCCACCAUGUAUGUGCACAUGUCAGUCGGUUUGCCCAUAGCCCUGGAGGAUGGAGCACAAGAGUUCAGUCGUCAUUCUCCUGCGUUAAUUUGAAAUGGGAUUUUUUUGUACAUUUUGGCUGCAGCAUCGGUGGUAGAAUAUGCUAUGAUGGAUCAUCUCUACUUCUGUAUUUAUUUAUUUAUUACUAGUUCUCAACCAGCCUUCUCCCCUCCACCUCCCUGCCUGUAGGACGUGCUCUACGUAGUCAUGCACUUUGUAUUAAUAUAUUAGAGACCUACAGAUCUGUUUUUGUACUUUUUAUACUGUUGGAUACUUAUAAUCAAAACUUUUACUAGGGUAUUGAAUAAAUUUAGUCUUAUUAGAAAAUAAAA